AUGAGCGGGGUGUGGGGGACCGAGGAGCCUCGGUGCCAGGCGGCGCUCGCGGUCCUGGCCUCGCUGUGCCGGGCCGGGCCGCCCCCUCUCGGGCUGGACGUGGAGACUUGUCGGAGCUUCGAGCUAGAGCCCCCAGAGCGAAGUCCGAGUGCUGCCGACUCAGGCACCUCUGUCAGCCUCCUCGCAGUGGUAGUUAUUGUGUGUGGCGUGGCCCUGGUGGCAGUUUUUCUCUUUCUCUUUUGGAAGCUGUGCUGGACGCCCUGGAGGAACAAGGAGGCCUCCAGCCCCUCCUCUGCUAACCCCUCUCCGGAGGCCCUCCAGAGCCCCAGCUCCAAAGGCAACAUGGCGGACAAGCUGAAGGACCCCAGCACUCUGGGCUUCCUAGAGGCGGCCGUGAAGAUCAGCCACACGUCCCCAGAUAUCCCCGCCCAGGUGCAGAUGUCGGUCAGAGAGCACAUCAUGCGUCACACGCGGCUGCAGCGACAGACCACAGAGCCAGCGUCAUCCACCAGGCACACGUCCUUCAAGCGCCACCUGCCACGGCAGAUGCACGUCUCCAGCGUGGACUAUGGCAACGAGCUGCCCCCGGCGGCAGAGCAGCCCACCAGCAUUGGCCGCAUCAAGCCCGAGCUGUACAAGCAGAAGUCAGUGGAUGGGGACGAUGCCAAAACCGAGGCCAAGAGCUGCGGGAAGAUCAACUUCAGCCUGCGCUACGACUACGAGAAUGAGACCCUGAUCGUGCGCAUCCUGAAGGCCUUUGACCUCCCCGCCAAGGACUUUUGUGGCAGCUCUGACCCUUACGUCAAGAUCUACCUCCUGCCUGAUCGCAAAUGCAAGCUGCAGACACGGGUGCACCGCAAGACCCUGAACCCCACCUUCGAUGAGAACUUCCACUUCCCCGUACCUUACGAGGAGCUGGCCGACCGCAAGCUGCAUCUCAGUGUCUUUGACUUUGACCGCUUCUCCCGCCAUGACAUGAUCGGGGAGGUCAUCCUGGACAACCUCUUCGAGGCCUCCGACCUGUCCCGGGAAACCUCCAUCUGGAAGGACAUCCAGUACGCCACCAGUGAAAGCGUGGAUUUGGGAGAGAUCAUGUUCUCCCUCUGCUACCUGCCCACCGCAGGCAGGCUCACCCUCACCGUGAUCAAGUGUCGGAACCUCAAGGCGAUGGACAUCACAGGCUACUCAGAUCCGUAUGUCAAAGUGUCCCUGCUUUGUGACGGGCGGAGAUUGAAGAAAAAGAAAACCACCAUAAAGAAGAACACCCUCAACCCCGUCUACAAUGAGGCCAUCAUCUUCGACAUCCCCCCGGAGAAUAUGGAUCAGGUCAGCCUGCUCAUCUCGGUUAUGGACUAUGACAGAGUGGGCCACAACGAGAUCAUAGGAGUCUGUCGUGUGGGGAUCAACGCCGAAGGCCUGGGCAGGGACCACUGGAAUGAGAUGCUGGCGUACCCACGGAAGCCCAUCGCACACUGGCACUCCUUGGUGGAGGUAAAGAAAUCCUUCAAAGAGUGGCAGGGCCGAGCCGCCAGCUUCGACAGCGAGAGCUCGUGUCCAUCUCCGAAACCACCUCCGACACCAUGA